AUGUGGUUUAGUGCUACUGGUGUGAAAGCUCCAACAGGAGAGCUGCUUGCCAGUCGGGACUCCUCGGCCCAGGCAGGAAAAGCGGAGCGGCAGGAGAGCAUGGGUAGAGUGUGCAGCGCCUGGGAGUUCAGGUCAGAGAAGGAGAGCCUGCAAUGCAGUCUGCUGGAGGCUCAUCAGCAUGUGUCAGAGCUGGAGAUGGCCAGGAGCCGUCUGGAUGGCCAAGUUUGUUCAGCCACGCAGGCCAAGGAGGUGAUCCUGGAGGAUGUGAAGGGCCUUCGGCGUGAGCUGCAAGCUGUAAGAUCUUUCAGCAAGCAGCAAUGUGGAAACAUGGCUGAACAGCUCCGCUGGGCAGAAGAGCAGUGCAGUAAGGCUCUCAGACUCUGGCAGUGUGCUCAGGAGGAAGAAAAAAGGAAGCUGGAAAAACUGGAGAGCCAGCUAGAACAACAGCGUUUGGAGGCAGAGGAGCUGCUGGAGCAACGGGACAAGUUCCUGGCAGAGCUGCAGCACCAGAAGGUCGAGCUGUUAUGCAAGCUGCGCCGGCUGCAUCAAAAGUUAAUACAAAGCCAGCAGUUUGUAGAUCUCCUGAGGGAAGAGCUGAAGGAGGAGCAAGAGAAUGGGCAGAAUAUCAAGGACAAGCUGCAGAAAGCUCAGAGGAAAAUGAAGGCCAUGGAGAAGAGGCUGAAAGAAGAAAUAGAAAGGAUGCAAGAGAUGCAGCUUCAGUUGAGGCUGGCUCUAGAGAAACAGGUGAAUGAAGGGGCAGUAGGCAGUGCAGUCAUGUAA